AUGGUGCUGUACAUCUCUCUCACUAGCUUACGUCUGAGGCUGAAGGCCGCGGUUCACUACACGGUUGGCUGCCUGUGUCAGGAUGUUGCCGAAGACAAAGAGAUGCAAUUCAGCAAACAAACCAUUGCGGCUAUUUCAGAGAUCACCUUCAGGCAGUGUGAGAACUUUGCAAAAGACCUCGAAAUGUUUGCAAGGCAUGCAAAACGAAGCACAGUCACUACAGAAGAUGUGAAGCUUUUGGCUAGAAGGAGCAAUUCUUUGCUAAAGUAUAUCACCCAGAAGAGUGAAGAGAUCGCAUCAAGUAACAUGGAGCAAAAGGAGAAGAAGAAAAAGAAGUCCAUUGCAACUAAGGGAGGGAUUACUUCUGGGGAGCAAGAAGCAGCUGUGACUGAAAGUGAAGAUUCCAACAUGGCAUGA